UGCGCCUUGUAUGCCUUUCAAAGGGGCUUCGGGGCCGCACUGCUCCUCUCUGUGGUGUUGCAGUACCUGCUGCAGCACAAAGCUUCCUCCUGUAAUGUGCACGCUAUCGUAUUACUGGUGAUUAAUUAUUCUGUUUACAGCUUAGCAUGACCGAGAGCAUUAGCGCUGUGUGCUUUGCACUAAUGAUCCCUAAUGCUGAGUGUGUCUGUGGGCUGGGAACAGUUGUGCUUGUCAGUCAUUCACUUGCCCAAAGCAAAGGCCAAUAAGGAGAAGGCGCUGUCCUGGAAUGCAGACUUACAGGUACUAGUGGAAGGUGUGGAAAUGGACUUGUUUAAGUAUUAGGUGUUGUUAGAGCCUAAGUAUGGCAUGCUGGGGUGUAGCUGGUAGGGGCAGCUUGGUAGGGAGGGGUAGAGAUACGCGGAAGAGAUUGGGCUUCUGGGCGUGGUGCAAAGGUGAUGCAGGGAUAGCAAGGGUGCGCACAGUCCCUUCACCUCGGUUGAUCUGAGGAGCCCUUCAAAUCGUAGCCAGAAGGUCUGCUCAGGUGACCAUGUCUCUUUCAGCUGCCGGCGUUCGAAGCUGGAUUCUGGCCGGGCUUUGUUUCGGCGUGUCAGUGCGAGCGGGAGAAGACGCAGCAGCCUCUGAAUGUGCACAGAGCUUCCAUAAAGGGGCGCCCCCCGCAGGCUUUGGGGGGGAGCAGCUGCAGCUCCUCUGUCACAGCCCUGAUGGUGCGCAGCCGUUCGCCACCCUCUACGAUGCUUCUAGCGAUGUUACGGCCUACUUGGCGUUUAACGUUGCUGGGGGUCUGGAGCGCAUGGGCAGCGAGGGAGACAGACAGGACGAGGAAGAUCAUCCAGCCUUGCCAAUUUCCUUUCUAAGACCACAAGAGGGGGCUGUCGCCUCAUCAGACACUCAUGCCCAGUCGUGGGAUGUCACUGUGUUGGAGUUAGUCCAAGCAAAUGCUUUUCCUCAGUGCCAGUCCAUUGGAGGUGAUCUGUAUGUGUUGACUGGCACACACCCCAUGGAUCCCUUUGAAAAGGGCAGCACAGUCGCCCUCUACUGGUUGGCUUUGUGCUGUGCUGCCCCGGACGAGGAGAGAGUUUUUAGUUUUGGUGUGCUGAGCAAGAGGGAAGAGGGGGUCAGGGUGCUGGGCAUCGGAGCACUGCAGGAGGAGAUCAAGGCUGGCAGUCUGUUUCCUGGUGGCUGCGGAGAGGCUGAUGGGGUUCAGGAGUGGGAGGACAUGCUGGGGAAGGUGGCAGAGAGGUUUGCCGAACACUCACAGAUGAAGAUGGACGAAGCUCCAGUUCAUGGCUCAGCUGCUGCUGAAACGGAGAAUGACUCCGAUGGCCCGUUUCGGUACCUGCUCUCGUCAGCCUUGUACCUGGUCUCUAUCCCGUUCUACCCGGCCGCCUCCACACUGGCACAGCUUCCCGAACAGGUGUCCUAUGUGCUCCAGGAGGAGCUGGGUAUACUCUCAGCUGUGCCCUAUGACACAUUCCUGGUUUUCCACAACAUUAUCUCUGAUGCGGCGGGCGGAGUCUCGUCCGUGGGGAGCCUGCUGGGGAGGGUGUUGGGGGGCUGUGGCUCACUGGUUUACUCAUGCACCUCCCCUCUAGUGGAAACACUCUUCACCAGCUUCAUGGAGGGGGUCACUGGGAUGGGUGUCCUGGCUGGGGAUGGGGUUGGCAUCUUCGGUGGGGUGGUGAACACGACUUGGUCAGCAUCCACGCUUAUUGGUGGGACGGUGCUGGAGCGGGGUGAAGGGUACGUUUUGGCUCUCUCCUCAGAGCUGGGCUCCCAGGUGAUGAGUAUGGGAGCUGGGCUGGGACAGCUCUUUGUAAAGGGGGGUAGGGGUGUUAGCAAUGUAGUAAGAUUCGUGGGAGUGCUGUUGGGAGGGGCUGUAGACAAUGUUCUGGAAGCAUUUGGGAAUGAGUAAUGUAUUUUGUUAAAGAAAUCUGAUAUUUACGAAUCCCUGACUGUAGUUAAAAUUCAUUGGAUGGAGUGUAACUGCAACAUAAAUGAUGGUUGAAAUCUAAAUUGUUCACUACACUUAAUCAUUAUUUCUAAAAAGCUGGCAAAGGAUUACAUUUCAAUUAAGAGAUGAGAUGAGAAAACUUUGUGUUAGGAUUAGGAUUAUAACAGAAAUAAAUGCCAUGCAGGCAAAUUUUGAAUCUUGUGACUUACAUAUGAUUUCUCUGAGUGAAAAAAGAAAAGCAAUGCAAGUCCUCAGAGCUGAUGAUAGGAAACACCCCCAAUGUCCUGGCUUUGCUCCUGAACCCAUGUUCGCUAUUAAUGAUAAACUGUAAUGCACAUCUGCAGCUAGACACACAGAAACACAAAGAACUAAAGAGGCCAGACCUGUAUCCUCAAGCCCUUGUCCUUACAGAUGAUGAUAUGUGUCCUCUCAUUAUGUCUUUUAUUUGGAUAAGGUCAAGCAAUGAAAACCAAUGCAAAUACCUUUUAAUGGUUACAAAUAGAAUUGUCAUUAUUUUCAGAUGCCAUUUCCUAUCAUGCUUAAGUGAAUUUCCAUUUGCUCACAGUAUUUUAAUUCUGCUGGCUUCUACCUAGAAGUGAUCACAUUAGAGCAUUUAAGUCCUUUGUUCCAUGGAUUUUGGGCCAUGUAUCAAAAGAAGUCAUAUCAGUUUCAUAUGUAAUAUAGAAAUGAACAUAAUAAAAUGCACAUAAUGACCAAAACAUUUCUACAAAA